AUGGAGAAAUUACCGGAGGAGAUGCUAAGGGCUGUAUUUGUUUAUUUGUCAGGGUCGGAUCGUUUACCGGUAGCCCUUACAUGUCGUCGAUGGUUUAAUCUGUUAAAGGAUUCUGUCCCGAGUAUCAGUGUUGUACACAUUUCUCUGGAUAUAUCUGCUUGUUCAACUCGAUUUCUAGAAGCGUCCCUAUCAGAAGCAACUCUUUCGAUAUGCUUGUGUCCCGGACAUGCGAAGAAGCAUGCUGUUCUAUUGCAACCACUGUUUCAAGCUGCUGGCAAAAAACUUACAACUUUAGCUGUUGAAGAUAAUCUUAUACCAAAGGCUUGUUUUAAACUUGUUAAAAAAUCUUAUAAAUAUAGAUCAAAUCAUGUUGAUAAGAACGAAGGGAUGGAGACUCAAAUUCCAGACGUGACAAUUCACGCACUGCUCAACAAUAUGCCGAAGUGCUUACGGACAUUGCAUUUCCAGGGCGUUGAUUUCUCGAAAGUUCGGCCAUGGACGUUUGCGCUACUUGUAAAAUUGAAAUCCUUAGAAGAACUAUAUGUAUUGGAUGCUGUGUUCCCAACUGACAAUGAAUCAUUGUUCGCCAGGAUAAUUUCCCCAUCAUUCGAUACCUUGACCAGCAUUUCUAUUACUAAUAAUGCGCAGAUCACAGAUAAGUUCGUGUCUACUCUGGCGCGGCGCUGUCCAGUCUUGCAAACCAUAAAUUUAAAUGGAUGUAAACGUAUUACUUCUUUAUCUGUGCUUGCUUUCGCUGAAAAUGCGUCACAUCGGAUUACAGAAUUAACAUUUAUUCAUGUCCAGGCAACAAUGUUCAAUCCUAAUUUGGUAAGUUUAGAAAAAAGUUUUAAUGAUGACUGGACUUCGGUUAUUAUGUAA